CGGUUGUGGUUGUGAGUCGUAUCGAGCAGCUCACGCGGGUCAGACGUGUCCUGACCACUCGACGAAAUGAAGCUACCGAUCUCGUUGGUAGUGCUAGCGGUGCUCAGCCAUGGCUGUGCACACUCCAUUAAUAAGACCUCAGACACUAAACCCAAGGACCCCAACCAGACCAGCAAGAGAGAGCUUGAAGAAGGAAACUACGGGGAACGGAAAACUAAGGAAGUUCUGAAUAAAUUUGCUGCCAAUGAAGCACCAGCGAAACCAGAAUACGAAAAGAAUCUAAAGGAGAUUAUCGCAGAACAGUCCCCGGAACAACAAAUGUUCGGCGUGCGGUUGCCCCCUGUAAGCAAGAUAUCCGAUGUGCUGAGUGGGCAGGGUCCCUCUUUCGAAGCAGCUCUGGCCAGACACCUCUACUCACCCAUAUCCGUGUACCAAACCAGGCUAGCGUCACCAACAAUAUUCGAGGUGCCAGAACCAGCAGCGUCCCAGGUGGUCUACCCACAAACAUAUAAAGGUCACAAGGCAGACGGUGUUUACAAGCAGAGAGAACCCCCGCCACAGGUGGUAGACUAUCCUAACGUAAAUCUGUACUCUGUAAAGCAACCGAGAGUUCGUUUUGAAUCUUACCCUUUGCCCGUGGACCCUGGAUUCCCUCGAGUACAUCCAAAUAUACCGCAAGAAAUAUACCAACCUCAGUCAAUACUCAAGCAACCAAUGUCUUCGAUAUUUCCGAUUUACGAUCAGCUGGGACCCAUUCGAUACCAAGGCCAUGUGGUUCCUUCCCAAUAUCUUCAGCAGAACAGAAUAUAUCAGUUUAUUCCCAUUAAUACUGCAUAUAACAACGUUGAUUCUGAAAAUAAUGAAGGAAAAGACUUUAUAAAUCAAGAAAACAGCCAAGAAUCAAAAUCGGAAACAACAGAAAAAGCUCAAGUGCAGAAUAAAAUAUCUGCAUCUAAACAGGGAUAUCACGAACACCCAAAUGGAGCUAUUAGUUUUGCCAGUUACUCUCAAAACAUACCACUCAACACGCAGUACGAACCAUUGAUGCAGGGGCCACCCAACAAUAUCCGUCCAGUUCAACUGUCACAAAUACCGGCACAACACCAGCCUGUAGCCAUUAAUCAACAACAACAUAAAUUAAUUCCAAUGAAACAAAAUUUCCAGUAUCCACAAAUAUUCCAUAAAAUCAUUCAAGAACCACAAAAAUAUGGCCAGCCGGAAUAUCCGCCAAUACCGCAGUUUAUAGCCUACAAACAACAUAUUCCAAAUCAUGCAGACGUUGUAAAUGAACUUCCACAACAUUUAAUUUUCCAAAAUCCACGACAGAUAACUAAAAACCAAAUUAUUCAGAUACCUGCGUUCAAACCGUUACCUAAUUCAUUACUUACCCAAGAGUCGUAUUUUUCCCAAACAAGCUCACCCUCGCCUAAAGAUGCGGCACCAAGACCAUACAAUUACGAAGAACAGUCCACUCCGCAAUCCGCAAACCACAUUGACCAGCCGUUAGCACCAGUAUUACCUCAGCGGCAACUCACUCCCUUACCACCAUUAAAGCCUAAUUACAGCAAGUUUGUUAAACCUUUGAGGCCGUAUGCUUCUACCACGCCUAUAUUUUUACCAACUACCCUACAAACUCUCCCAACAACCACUGAGAGUGCACAACCUUUCACCGAUCAACUUGUAUCGUCAACGACUGUACAGCCUGAGCUUAAUAAUCAAGAUGAAACUAAAGAAGAAACUGUGCAGUUGAAAACUAUUUCUGAAUCACAAACACAACAGGACAGCACCGCUGAACAUAAAGAAAUUACCCAGUCUCUAUCGCCAUCAGUUUUACCUCUAGUGAGAUCAACAACAUACACACCGUCAUUACAAAACCAGUACUCUACGCCACAGCCUCAACCGAUACCAACUCAAUCCCCUAAAACGCCACUACGGCAUGAUGUGGUGAUCCAGAAGCAGGAAAUUCAAGAAUUACUUUUUGAUCCAUCCCCCCAACCGUCCAGCACUCCACAAUAUCCACUACAAGAACACGAAGAGCACCAAAUACGUUCCCAAGUACCGCACCAAAUAUUCGAACAACUACAACCCCCACAUUUCCAACAAGAACUUCACGAGCUACAUUCCCAAGAAUACCGCCACGCACCUCGUCAAUCAGGCUCUCCACAACAUCAGUAUGAGACUCAACGGGUACAACCACAACAAUAUGUGAUCUUACAACAAGCUCACCCUUUUCAACGUCAGCAGAUAAAAUACGACCAAUUGCAUAAUUAUCAGCCCGCAGAACAGUCGCAACCACAACAACCACACAUUACAGAACAAACUCAGUCACAACCUGAGCAAUACCAACAACAUAACUUAGAACCUAAAAACCAGAUCCAGGUAGACUCUGCCAGUCCUCUUGAAGAAUCUAAACAGUCAUCAUCAUCAACAGAUAAUCAACAGCGGUUAGAUUCGCAAACCCAAGAACAGGUGAAACCACAACUAACUACUAGGAAACCUGAAGAGCAGCCAGAGAAAGCAUCCCAUUCUGGAAUCUCGUUACAAUCGUACCAGGGACCAGUGCUAUCACGAAUCCAGGCACUGUAUGCUCAGCCCCAACAGUUCGUGGCUCAGCCGGAGUAUGGCAUGGUCGAUGUACCAGUCUACCCUGACGUGCAAUAUUUCGGAAAAUUCGCACAAGCGCUAUUUGCAAAUCUUCGACAUUAAUGAUGGAAAGAUAUAAAAUUGUUGCUCAUGAUAGAUAAUUUUUUAUACUAGGCUAAAAAUUAUUGAGAAGAGGCUUGUUUUUUAUAAAAUACCAAAAAUGAAUUUAAAUUUUCGACAAAUUUUAAUAUUGUUAGAAUUUCAUGUUGAAGACUUUUGCUUGUAAAUAUGAUAUUAGGCUAUGUACAUAGAAUGUUAAUAGUGUUGUUAUAUGUUGAGGAGAACAUUGUUGGUGUGUGCUCGACUGUGAUGCCAUAGUGUGUAUUUGUGUGUUUGCGUGUGUGUAUGACUCAGUACACCACUGAGUUUUGCAUUGCUUUCUACAUAUAUUAAAGUUGCGUAAAACCUCC